AUGCGGCGCAUCUUCGGCGCGCCGCAGAAGAAGGAGCCAGCGCCCACGCUGGAACAGGCGGGCGACCGCCUAACCAGCAGAGGGGAUAGGCUAGAUGAGCAGAUCCGGAAGCUGGACGAGCAGCUGAUGAAGUUCAAGGACCAAUUGAAGAAGACGCGCCCGGGGCCGGGGCAGGAGGCGAUCAAGCGGCGCGCCUUGCAGGUGCUGCGGCAGAAGAAGAUGUUUGAGGGGCAGCGGGAGACCCUCUACAACCAGCAGUUCAACAUGGAGCAGACCAAGUUCACUGUCGAGAGCAUCCAGGACACCGUGCAGACCGUGCAGGCGCUCAAGGGCGCCUCCAAGGAGAUGCGUGGCGCCAUGAAGGCCAACAAGGAGCUGGACCUCAACUUCAUAGACAAGCUGCAGGACGAGCUGGCCGACAUGGCGGACCUCACCAAUGACAUCAACGAGAUGAUGGGGCAGUCGUUUGCCGUCCCCGAGGACGUGGACGAGGGGGACCUCAUGGCUGAGCUGGACGCGCUGGAGGGGGACAUGAUGGCGGAGCCAGCGGCGGGGGGAGUGCCCAGCUACCUGCAGGAGCCCGACCUUCCAGAGCUGCCCACGGCCCCUCAGGCCAAUGCGGAGGAGGAACUGGGGCUGCCGGCCAUCGCACAGCGCACGUGA